CCCACGGCCGCCCGCGCACGGCAGCCCGCUGCGCGCCGCGGUGCCGCCCGCCGGGCCAUGGACUCGGACGCCAGCCUGGUCUCCAGCCGCCCGUCGUCGCCGGAGCCCGAUGACCUCUUCCUGGCGGCCCGGGGUAAAGGCAGCGGCGGCGCUUUCACGGGCGGCGCCGUGUCCAGCUCCACGCAGAGCGACUCGCCGCCGGAGCUGAGCGCCGAGCUGCGCAGCGCCAUGAGCGCCGCGGGGGUGGUGGUGGUGGACAAGCUGGGCUUCAAGUCCUCGUCGUCGUCGUCGUCGUCCUCCUCCUCCUCCUCCUCCAAGAAGGACAAGAAGCAGAUGACGGAGCCGGAGCUGCAGCAGCUGCGGCUGAAGAUCAACAGCCGGGAGCGCAAGCGCAUGCACGACCUCAACAUCGCCAUGGACGGGCUGCGAGAGGUGAUGCCCUACGCGCACGGGCCGUCGGUGCGCAAGCUCUCCAAGAUCGCCACGCUGCUGCUGGCGCGCAACUACAUCCUCAUGCUCACCAACUCCCUGGAGGAGAUGAAGCGCCUCGUCAGCGAGAUCUACGGCGGGCACCACGCCGGCUUCCACCCCGCCGCCUGCCCCGCCGGCAUGGGCGCCCACUCGGCGCCGCUGCCCGGCCACCCGGCCCACCCCGCCUCGCACCCCGUGCACCACCCCAUCCUGCCGCCCGCCGCCGUCUCCAGCGCCUCCCUGCCCGGCUCCGGCCUCUCGGCCGUCAGCUCCAUCCGGCCCCCGCACGGGCUCCUCAAGUCGCCCUCGGCCGCCGCCGCCGCCGCCCCGCUGGGCAGCGGCUUCCAGCACUGGGGGGGGAUGCCGUGCCCCUGCAGCAUGUGCCAGGUCUCGGCGCCGCCGCACCACCACGUCUCCGGCAUGGGCGCCGCCAGCCUGCCCAGACUGGCCACCGACACCAAAUGAGCCCGCCGCGGCGCCGCCGGCACUGCGGACGGGCCCCCGGCCGCCCUCCUCCUCCUCCUCCUCCUCCUCCUCCGCCGCCGCCGGCGCGGACGGUGCCCGCGGCGCGCCAGGAGGGGAGGGGAGAGGAGAGGAGAGGAGAGGAGCUCCGGCAGCAGCAAGCGCCCGCGCGUCUUUCCCCCCUACUCCCCUCCUCUCUUUUCUUUUCCCCGCUGACCUCGCUAGGAGGUGAGGUUCCUCCAGGCUCUUCCCAAACGGAGGAACCGGACCUGCAGCGGGGGCUCGCCGGCCGGUCGGGCUGGCCGGUUCGUGUCCACCCCCCCCCCACACACACACCCCGCGCCGCCGCGUUUCUGCCCGCGGAGCCCUUCGGGCCGCGUCUGGGCCGCAGCCCGGCGCGGCGAGUCCCGCGGCUGGGCACCCGGCUGCCGCCCUUGGGACUCGCGGAACCGGCCAGAAGUAGGGCUUUUGGUGGAAAUGUAGCCUGAAAAGUUGUGGGUUUUCUCCCCCCCCCCCCCCCCCCGCCUUUACCCUCCUUCUCUCCACUCCGUUUUUCGGUUUUGUUUCUCUUUCGGGAUUUGUAAAUACACCGUUCAAUGAUAACGCCAGUCCGCUCUGCCUGAGAUUCCCCUUCGUGCACUUGUACUGUGUAAGCCUUAUGAGUGAACCACGGUUUAGUUUGGGUUGAUUUCGUUGAAUUGUUGUUGGGUUUUUUAUUUUCUGUUUUUUGGUCCUUUUUUUAAGUGUAUAACACAUCCUCCGUUCCUGCCACCCUUAACAAAGUUUCGAACUCUUUAAUGCUCUUUCUGUGUAGGAACUUUCACACUGUUUGUGUUGCAAUACUGAGAACUUGGGCUUGUUUCUGAAAUAACAACUUUUCUUAUCACUGCCCCUUGCAGAGAUUUUAUCAUCUGUUUAUUUUUGUAAAAAAAAGAAAAAAGAAAAAAGUUGCUAAAUAAUAUUUAUUACUUGUUUGGUUGCAAAAGAAAAGUGAUCCACUGUUGAGAUUUUAAAUAAAAAAAAAACAUUUUAAAUAAA